GGCAAUGGACUUGGACACGGCGUUCUCCUCCCAUACUUCUAGAAUUUCACACUCACCUUCUUAUCUUUCUUCUCCAUCUUCCUUUCUAAGCAGACCCAGAAAGAAAAAGCGGAAAAAAAUAUAAUCUUUCUUUGAAGAACCUUGCUCUUUCUCUUGCUUUGUCAAAGAUUUGAGUAUAUAAUUCUUAUGUGGUAAUUGUAUGAUCUGGGAAUUGAUUGAAAUUCAUGGCAGAUCACCAUUGAAAUGUCUUAUCUACAGGAUUCCUUGAUCACGUGCUUUAUUGGUAGUUGCAUCCGUUCUGUUAGGAACAAUGAAUUCUAGGUGCUUCAUUGUUUGCUGGUUUGGAGGUCAGAAAAUCUGUGCUACACGUUUUUGUUGGGUAAUUAGUAUGUGUUCGGCUUUCUCUGUGCAAUCUCAUAAAGGAGUUAUGGAUCAAAAGUGGAUGCCCUUGGUGGAUACAUAGUACUGGCUUUUCUGUGGAUACGAAAUUGCUUUUGUGGGAUUUGUUUACAUUCUGAUUUUAGCUGCAAUGGUAGACUUAGUUGGUUUGUAGAACCAGUUGGUUUUCACUUAAAUUCAUUCACAUUGAUAGGUUAGGAAAGCAUUAAUACUGCUUUCGUUAGAUGAUAUAGAACAGAUGAACUUCUGUUAGGAAAAUUGAGCAGGAAAUAUUGAAUUCUAUGGAAUUGAAAGUUGAAUAGGUUCACUUAGAAUGAAAAAAAAAAAGGACAGAUAAAUUAUUCAGCUCAAGAGGGUAAAAGAUAUUUGAGACUACAAAUUUGAGCCAUGGGCUUGCCACAAGUUUCCUCUGCUGAUGAUACUAAUGAAGAUCCUGCAGCACUGUUGGGUUCAUUUUUCCAAAGCCCGCCACGAUUUGCUGGUGUGAGCACCUGUGAUUUGGAUGGAUUGCAUGGAGGAAAUAUAAGCCAAACAGUAGGGGAUACUCUGAGUUCUUCUUUGGGAGAUUUUCAGAGCAAAACUGCUUUGGAGCGUUCAAAAUUUCCAGAGAAUUCCUUGAGAUUUGGAGGGGAAAUUGAUGCUACUUCCCAUGUUAAUGGAAUGAUAACUGGUUCUGCAGAUAAAAUUGGACGAAUAACUCCUAAAAGUGGAAGGAAUAUCCAAGACCCUGCUUCUAGGAUCAUUGGUUUUGAAUCACGGGGAGCAAGUUCUUUAAAUAAUGGAUUUGAGGGAUUUUCUGCUGAUCGUCCAAAUUCUUCCUCUGUGACUAGCCUCACAGUGAAUGAAGGUGAGCUGGCUGGGCCACUUGUUAGGAAAAGGUUAUUGUCACCUCUAAACAGCAUGCUUUCUGCAGGACAAUUUGAUGGGGAUAAUCUAGAUAUUGGCUGCCAUGCUUCUCAGGAAUCACAUGAAGGACGAUACCAAAGUAAGGCAAUAUCCUUAUCCUCCGGAAAGGCCAUUUCACCUCUAUCAUUGUCUCCUCUAGGUCCUAAAUUCUGUGAAAGAAUAAAAACUCCAGAAGGAUGCAAGAAUGUUAAGAACCGCAAAGAGGAUUGCUGUUCAAAUUUGGAGAAUAUAGAACAGUCACUUGACAAACAUAACCCAGACAUUAUCUUUGCUCCAGGAGAAGCUGAUUUCAGAAUAACAAGCAGAUCAUUUGAAGAUAUUGAUCUCUUCCACAAAGAGUUUUGUCUGUCUUCCCUUGAAGGUGCUACUGACAGCUGCUCUUUGUUUCGAGAGCUGGCUCCUUCCCAGAGUGCAAGGUUCAUUAGAAGCUUGAGUAGCCUUCCUGUUCAUAGGUCCUUGGUUGGUUCAUUUGAGGAAUCGUUACUGUCUGGACGGUUCAUUUCUGGAAAAUUCACCCAGAGAAUAGAUGGUUUCCUAGCUGUGUUAAGCAUUACAGGAGGGAACUUUUCACCGCAAUCACAGAAGCUUCCUUUUUCAGUGACCAGUGUUGAUGGAGAUUGUCAUUUGCUAUAUUAUGCAUCCAUAGAUCUUUUUGGAAAUUCAUCAAACAAGCAUAGAGGCCAAAAAUUGAAAAGAGGCCUGAGUAAUGAUGAUUCACAAGCUGUCAGGAGCCGCUUUCGUAUUCCUAUGAAAGGGCGUGUUCAGCUGGUCCUCAGCAAUCCAGAGAAGACCCCUCUCCACACCUUUCUUUGCAACUAUGAUUUGAGUGACAUGCCUGCUGGUACCAAAACAUUUUUGCGACAGAAGGUAACUUUAGCCUCUUCUGGAACAACUUUGUCAGAGUUGAACCAUGGGCAUGUAGGUUUGGACACGAAAAUGAAAGACAAGGUGACCUCAGUGUCACAGAAAAACCAUCCUGUAAAUACAGUUGCUUCUAUCAGCCAAAAUAUUGAAGUCAAGAGGAUUGAAUGCUAUGAUGUAGAUUCAAUAGACACACAGAACUGUCCCAAACAAUCGUGUUGUGAGGGAAAGGCAAGUGUUGAUUCUUUUACACUUGACAAUGAUGGCAGUAAUGGCAAUUGCCAGGGAACUAGUAAGGAGUGCACUGGGGUGGAUACAUGCAUUGGAAUUGACAGAAGAUCAACUCAUGGUUGUUCAAAGAUCAAUGAUAAUGCCCAUGGUGGUGCUCUGCGUUAUGCACUCCACCUACGUUUUCUUUGCCCUUCACCAAAAAUGUCUUCUAGAUCAGUUCAGAGAUGUAAAUCUGAUCCUGCAUCUGUUCCACAGAAGACACAUUUAGAUGCGGAAGGAGAUCGCAGGUUCUAUUUAUACAAUGACCUGAGAGUUGUGUUCCCUCAACGACAUUCAGAUGCUGAUGAGGGCAAGAAAUGGUGCAGCCAUGAAUUCCGUAUUUGGGGGUAAACCUAUGCAUAGCCAUGGCCAUGGCCGGUUUUUGCAUCGGUGGUUCCCGGCCGGCUGGCUUGACCCUAUAUUGUACUGUUGAGUCUCAGCCACACACGGUUCCAGUUCUCAAUAGUUAUGGUUUGGGUCUGAUUUAAGUUAGGUGGCAACUUAGUGUUCGGUUUUAAUUCAGUCUGGUUUUAAUUUCACAUAAAUGAUUGUUAAUAGUUAGACCGACCACUCAGAUAAGCUUUAUAUGAUAAACAUCUAACUAAUAAAAAAUUAACUACAUGUAUUUUUAUGUGAGACAUAAUAUUAAUAGGAUUUUAACUAUUGUUGU